AUGGACCCCCCCGGACCAAUGUUGCUACCCAAAGGCAUCCUGAUCAACUCCAGCACCGUAUACGACGAAGUAGCUGGCUAUUCUACCUUACCGGCAGACAAGGUGCGCCAAUUCUGGCAUGUAUACACCACAACGAACAAAAAGCUCAAGGACCCCACCGCUCGCCGUCUGGAGAACUUUUGGUGGCAUGUCUGGGGCAGUGACCGGUCCAAACUUAGUGGCCGUGUUCUUGCCCGCAUAUUUGAGGACAUUUCUCUUGGCCCAACCAUUGUCCCACUUAGAGGGCCUCCAAACCGAUGGGAAGGGCCAGACGCCCCUCCCUUGACAAUUGAUAUGAUUGUGGCCCAUUUGCAGAGCAAAUUCCCCGUCAAAACAGAAAAUGUUGCUGCCUCCUAUUCUCAAAAAGAGGAAGACGGCGUAGAAAGCGAUAUUCCAUCAUCAGGAAGAAAGCAGCCCAUUCGUAAAGAACCCUCUAGCCUGUCAGCACGGCAAGUGCGGAGUGGUGGUCGACCCGACACCGAGGUUACCGAUGCUGGCUGCUUGCAGACGAGCAUAGCAAUGCCCUGUGCGGACAGCGUCACACAAAACGACCACAAAGCAUCAUCAAAACUUUCAGCUCGUGAAAAUGUUGCCCUUGGCAAGCAACCAAUGAUGCGCCGGUCGCAGUCGAGUACUGUGCCAGACCGACCCAGGGAGCUGUCCAUGACCAAGCCAAAGCGCUCCCUGUUUACCGAGGCGACUUCUUCGACCACCAAUGUGGCGGCACAAGGAACCAUCAUCGACCAGGCUGGAAGCACAAGACACUUACCUCAAAUAUCAACCUCUAGCCUUGCCCAAGACGAUCAUAUGAGCCCACACGGAGGUUCUUCGGCAUCCUCUUUACUAGAAUCUCGCUUGACGCCAACGCAACCAAGCAGCUCUGCCGCUUUACCUUUGGGGCGUACUAAAAGCCAGCUUACUCUGCUCCUGGAACGUGAAAAAGAAAGAUCGCGCAGUUGA